AUCUUAAUGCCGCGUUCAGUAGAAUUCUAAGAAAUCUAAGUGUUUUAUCUACUUUAGUAAGUUAAUAUUACUUUGUACUUUAAGCAAUGCUUGCAUUACAAACUGGUGCAGCAACAGGGAUUCCAGACAAAUUAUGGCAGCCUCACUUUGUCACCUUCGAAACAACAAUGGGUGAAAUCUCUAUCGAGCUAUACUGGAAACAUGCCCCAAAUACUUGCCGAAAUUUCGCCGAGCUAAGCCGUCGUGGCUACUACAAUGGAACCAUUUUCCAUCGAAUCAUACGUGAUUUCAUGAUUCAAGGCGGAGACCCUACCGGAACGGGCCGCGGAGGGCAAUCGAUUUACGGAUCAACUUUCUCCGAUGAAAUCAGUCCCGAUCUGAAGCACACGGGCGCCGGAAUACUGUCGAUGGCUAAUUCCGGUCCGGACACGAACGGGUCGCAGUUUUUCAUAACCCUUGCACCGACCCAAUGGCUCGACGGUAAGCACACGAUAUUCGGACGGGUGCAUACCGGAAUGCAAACCGUCAAGCGGAUAGGACUGGUCGAGACGGACAAAAACGAUCGACCCGUCGAGCAGGUGAAGAUUCUCAAGGGAAAGGUGGAGAAGUACUGAAGUGAAUGGAAUAAAUUU